AUGGGUCAAGAUUCAUGCAACCUAUCACAAACUAAACCAAAAAUACUUGUUGGAUAUUAUCCCGCUUAUAAACUUAAUUUAGCACCUAGUGUAGAUUUUGAUAUCAACCCAUCAAUUGAUUACUUAAACUAUAUUGCAUUUGGCCCGAAUGACCUUGUUAAUAAUGCCGAAAAUAAUAAUACUGGUGGUGACCCAUUUAAAAUUUUUAACAACCAAGUUUACAAAUUUAAUCAACUGUCAAAUUAUAGGGAUAAUUUUAUUAAAUUCUUUAAUAAACAACCCCAAGAUCCGGAGCAGGGUUGGUAUAAUUUGAGUAGCACACAAAAUACGAAAUUCAUUAAUGAAUUAGUUAGCAUUGUUACUACUAAUAGUUUUGAUGGA